CCAGUAACCUGUGGCGUGACUUGUUUCACUUGGAAAAUACGCAACACCAGUGCUUCCCAUCCUACUGACGUGUGGACUUCUGCAAGCUCAUGUGGACUACGGGUAGAAUGAGCAAUGCAAAGAGUCGGCUUGGACUCGGCACAUCCUUGUACUUCUGGGCACUGAUGGACCUUAUAAGCACUGUUCUCUCAAUCACUCCAAUGCCGGGAGCUGAACUAGAAACACUCUUCUCAGACAGGCCACAGCCACAUCUGCGAAGCAAGAGGAGCUGGGUUUGGAAUCAGUUUUUCGUGCUGGAAGAAUACACUGGGACUGACCCUUUAUAUGUCGGCAAGCUUCAUUCAGACAUGGACAGAGGAGAUGGAUCCAUCAAAUACAUCCUUUCAGGAGAAGGAGCAGGCAUCGUGUUUACUAUUGAUGACACCACUGGAGACAUCCAUGCCAUUCAGAGGCUGGACCGAGAAGAAAGAGCCCAAUACACUUUAAGAGCUCAAGCCCUAGAUAGGCGGACAGGCCGACCAAUGGAGCCAGAGUCAGAGUUCAUCAUCAAAAUCCAAGAUAUCAAUGACAAUGAGCCAAAGUUCCUCGAUGGACCUUACAUUGCCACUGUGCCAGAAAUGUCACCAGUAGGUACCUCUGUUAUUCAAGUGACAGCCACAGAUGCUGAUGACCCAACCUAUGGCAACAGUGCCCGGGUAGUGUAUAGCAUUCUCCAGGGCCAACCGUAUUUUUCUGUGGACUCCAAAACAGGUGUAAUCAGAACAGCACUCAUGAACAUGGACAGAGAAGCCAAAGAAUACUAUGAAGUAAUCAUCCAAGCCAAGGAUAUGGGAGGGCAGCUUGGAGGAUUAGCUGGGACUACAACAGUCAACAUCACCCUCUCAGAUGUCAAUGAUAACCCACCCCGCUUUCCCCAGAAACAUUAUCAGAUGAGUGUGCUGGAGUCAGCUCCAAUUAGCUCCACUGUGGGGAGAGUGUUUGCCAAGGACUUGGAUGAAGGAAUCAAUGCAGAGAUGAAAUAUACUAUUGUGGAUGGAGAUGGUGCAGAUACUUUUGAUAUUAAUACAGACCCAAAUUUCCAAGUUGGCAUCAUAACUGUAAAGAAGCCCCUGAGUUUUGAAAGCAAGAAAAGCUAUACUCUGAAGGUAGAAGGAGCCAAUCCUCACCUGGAGAUGCGUUUUCUGAACCUUGGCCCAUUUCAGGACACGACCACAGUGCACAUCAGUGUGGAGGAUGUGGAUGAGCCACCUGUGUUUGAACCUGGCUUUUAUUUCGUGGAGGUGCCAGAGGAUGUGACGAUUGGAACAACCAUACAGAUCAUUUCUGCCAAGGACCCAGAUGUGUCCAACAACUCAAUCAGAUAUUCCAUUGACAGAAGCAGCGACCCUGGGAGAUUUUUUUAUAUUGACAUUACAACGGGUGCUCUCAUGACUGCAAGACCACUAGACAGAGAGGAGUUUUCUUGGCAUAACAUAACAAUCCUUGCUAUGGAAAUGAACAAUCCCUCCCAAGUGGGAAGUGUUGUUGUCACAAUCAAAGUCUUAGAUGUGAAUGACAACGCUCCAGAGUUUCCCAGGUUCUAUGAAGCUUUCAUCUGUGAGAAUGCCAAAGCAGGACAGCUCAUCCAGACAGUGAGUGCUGUGGAUCAAGAUGACCCUCACAAUGGUCAGCAUUUCUACUACAGUUUGGCUCCUGAAGCUGCUAACAACCCCAACUUCACGGUCAGGGACAACCAAGAUAACACCGCUCGGAUUCUAACCAGGAGGUCCGGCUUCCGGCAGCAGGAACAGAGCGUCUUCUACCUGCCCAUCCUCAUAGCAGACAGCGGAGAGCCAGUACUCAGCAGUACCGGCACACUCACCAUCCAAGUGUGCAGCUGCAACGAUGAAGGCCACGUCAUGUCCUGCAGUCCAGAGGCCUAUAUGCUCCCCGUCAGUUUGAGCCGGGGUGCCCUCAUCGCCAUCCUGGCCUGUGUCUUUGUCCUCUUAGUGCUGGUACUGCUCAUCCUGUCCAUGAGGCGGCACCGGAAGCAGCCCUACAUCAUCGACGACGACGAGAACAUCCACGAGAACAUCGUGCGCUAUGACGACGAGGGCGGCGGCGAGGAGGACACGGAGGCCUUCGACAUCGCGGCCAUGUGGAACCCGCGCGAGGCGCAGGCGGGCGCCCCGAAGGCGCGGCAGGACAUGCUCCCCGAGAUCGAGAGCCUCUCCCGCUACGUGCCUCAGACGUGCGCCAUCAGCAGCACGGUGCACAGCUACGUGCUGGCCAAGCUCUACGAGGCCGACAUGGACCUGUGGGCGCCGCCCUUCGACUCGCUGCAGACCUACAUGUUCGAGGGGGAAGGCUCUGUGGCCGGCUCGCUCAGCUCCCUGCAGUCAGCCACCUCGGACUCGGAGCAGAGCUUUGACUUCCUCACAGACUGGGGGCCCCGCUUCCGGAAACUCGCGGAACUCUACGGGGCGUCGGAGGGGUCCGCGCCCGUGUGGUGACGGAAGCCCGGAGGUCGAGGCGCAUCCAAACCCAGACGUUCUCAAAGGUCGCUUCUCUGCACGAGGUGUGGCCGCCACAGGAGCAAUAUUGUGCUGGUCAGUGAGGAUGGGAGUGAGUGGACCUAGCAGAGCUCUCUCUGGAUCAGCUUUACUUGGUUAGACUAAGUUAAAUAAUCAGAAGAAAACCCAGGAAGAAGAGGGCAGAAUCUCCAGUCACCGUUUUUAGACGUUUUAUUUAUUUUUACCCCACACUGUAUUCAAAGACUUGAAGUAUUAUGAACAAAAGCUUGGCUUUUUUUAACUAUUCACCAAGGCCUUUGACAUUUUGCCACCACGAAAAGUACCCAUUUUAUCAUUGUUCUCCAUUUCAGAUUGUUUUUCCAGAUCAUCAGAUAUGCAGAAAUCAACACGCACGCAUACACACACACCACUGAAAAAAUUAUUCCUCAGUAAAAUUGUUCUAAGAUGGAUGGUAUUUCAUUUAACCUUUUUGAGACAAGGUUAAGAUUGACUGGGCC